UUUUCCUUUUGCGCGUAGCUGCCGCCACGGCUGAGACGGGACCUACAGGCCACCGUAGAGGUGAAGGCCGCAGCGCUGCCCGACGAGCGGUGGCGCCGCCAUCUUGGAUUGGUCAAGACCCCGCGGUUCGACAGUGAAACAUCUUGGCAGCGUUUACUCUUUGACGCUUACAGUGCUCUGCGACCUGCCUACGUGGCGGGGCGGAAGACGCUGUGCUGGCUGGUACUGAACGGAUCACCAUGUCCCAGGCUUCCCGCUCUGAUGCAGAGCCCUGCACUGACAGCAGGACUCCAUCUGAUCUGGGUCUCUGUCAGGAUGUCCCAGUGUCCUCUGAGCACCCGUCCCCUUCACCAAAGCCUCCUCUCAUCCCCACGAUUGUUGAACUUCCGUUGUCCGCUGAGCAGACAGCAGAAGAGGAUACGAGCGCCAAACCUGACCCAUCAGAGGAUCGGCCGCAGCCCCCUGCUGAAAAUCAGCUGACUGAAUGUGACCAACCAGUGAGCCUGGAGCCAGAGGCCGACGGGUCAAAAGAGGAGAUGUCUCUCCAGCAGAAAAGCUGGGGAGGUUGGAGUUCAUGGGGGAAAUCUCUCCUGAGCAGUGCCACCUCCACCGUUGGGCAGAGUCUGACCUCUGUUAAGGUCAAGGCAGGAGAGGCUCUUCGUCUCCACAAGGCCUCGGUAGGUGAGGAGGCUCAGGAGGUGGAGGAGGAGGAGGGCGAUGGAGGUGGAGCAGAACAGGAGGAUGGGGGAGAAGGUGGCCAUGUUGACCUGUCCAACUCAGAGGAGUGUUCAACAUCAGGUGCUGCUCCUGCUGCAGCUUCAAGCAGAGGCGUCUUCUCUACAAUCACAAAUGCAAUGCAGAACACUGGUAAGUCGGUAAUCAGUGGAGGUCUGGAUGCUUUGGAGUUCAUUGGAAAGAAGACCAUGACUGUUCUCGCAGAAAGUGACCCUGGGUUUAAAAAGACUAAGACCCUGAUGCAGAAAACUGCCUCGCUGAGUCAGAUGUUGAAGGAGGCGAAGGAGAAGGAGCGUGCACGUCUGAACAACCAGCCUGUCAGCGCACCCACCGCUCACUACGGGAUUCUUUUUGAUGACUACCAGGGUUUGUCACACCUGGAGGCCCUGGAGAUUCUGUCUAAUGAGAGCGAAGCUCAAGUCCAAGCCUUCCUGUCCGCUCUGGCGGAGGAAGAGCAGGAUGAGGUGAAGAAGGAGCUGAUCUUCAUCAGAGACAUUUUCAUCAAGCAGCAAGAAGAAGAGGAAGGAGAGGCAAACGGAGGACAGACGAAGGAUAAUGGUGAUCUAAGUUCCCAAACACAAUGUUCUACCCCUCUAUCUGCUGAUGGUGAGGAGUUUGUCAGCGUUCUCACUGAGCUGCUGUUUGAGCUUCAUGUUGCUGCAACACCAGACAAACUCAACAAGGCUCGAAUGAGGGCCCAUGAAUGGGUGAACAAGGUGGAGCAGCCUGUCACUACGGAUACAGUUGUCAGGGAAACGCAGGACAAGCCAGGAGGAGAGGACUCCCCUGGAGAGAGCCAGGAGGAGAAGAAAGAUGGAGAGGAGCUGCAGGAGAGGAACGAAGAUAAGAAAGCAAAAGAGAGUGACGCCAGAUCAGUAGAGGUUGUGUACAUGUCGUCAGUCGGCAGCCUGGCGGAGGUGACUGCUCGCAGUAUCGAGCAGCUCCACAAGGUGGCAGAACUCAUCCUCCAUGGUCAGGAUCUGGAGAAACCAGCGAGGGACCAGGCCCAGAUCCUCACCAGGUUGACGUGUGCCAUGUGUGCGGAGGUAGACUGUUUGUGCAAGAGCUUCUCUGAUGCUCUCCUUCUUGUUGGGGCCCAGAGGAAAGCAGAGGAGUUGAAUCCAUUAGUAGAUGGUGUGUUGCAAGAGGGCACCAACAGCACCAACUACAUACAUAAUGCAUUUCAGCUGCUGCUGCCAGUCCUGCAGAUGUCCCACAUCCAGAGCCAACGCUGCCGACCUGCUGAGGAAGCUGCAGCUCCGUUGCAGCACUGACACACUCAGAUAAUCCACUUGCCUUUACUUACAGCUGUACAGUGAAGUACACACAGUAACUCAGUGCUUUAAGUCACAAAAAGUGCCAUGUUAAAUAUCAGAGGAUAUCAAGUCUUAACAUUAACAAAAUAAUUGUGUGAAUAUUAGAUAAAAUGCAGGUUGUGUCUCUACCAAUUUAUAUUUAUCAGUGUUUUUGCCUGUGUGUUUAUUUUAUUUUUUUGUUUUUGUUUAAUGCUGCCACAGUGAAUAAUCUGUCAGUGGUGUAGCCACCAGUGAACUCUAUAGUGUCACUUCAUACUCGCUGGCUGUGUAUGCUAAGAUUAUACAUUAGUAUUGAUGAUAUUAGUUACCUGCUUCUCAAAUACACAUCAAAGUCAGAACUUGAUCAUUAAAAGUUCGUGUUUAAACUAGAAGAUCAAAUCUCACUUUUCCUGCCUGAAGAUGAAUAAAAAAUACCACAGAAAACAAAACUGACUGAAGUUAUCAAUGCAAGUAUGAAAGGGUUUAGAAUAUUUUAUAUAAAAAAACUAUUUGGACAUUACCAGAUGUUAGGCAAAGGGACCCCCCCCCCCCACACACACACACACACACCCACACACACUUAAACCUACACAUGUACCAUGUGUGCCACCACAUGUACCAUAGAAACUUCCCUUACAGAGUCUUGCUGCUGAAGAUAAAUCACCAGGAAACAAAUGUAUGUUAGAUAUUCCUGUAGAGGUGAUGUUCCAGAAGUGCACACACUAGUCACUAGAAUGUGACUCUAAUGUAGACUGAAUUUCUCGUGUCAUCACUGACUAGAUGUCUAAACAGACAGAGAUUAAAAACAAAAAUCUGAUAGUUUUCACUAAAACAUGUCUGCAGGCCAAGAGGUAUUUUUAUCAGUAGAACAAAAACAAAAAUCGUAGUGUGUGUUUUCUCUCCUUGAGUAUUUCAACUAAAAAGUUAAUAAACUGUCUUUUUCAGUGUUUUAAUCUGGUUUGAAAUGACAUUCUUUUCUGAAAGUACACAGUGAAUAUUGCUUGUUUGUUUUUGUGUUAAAUUAUUUGAAGCAAAAUUAAUUUUGGACUGAUUCAAAGCUUCGGCUGCUUUACCAAAAACGUGUCCUGAGAGCCAACUAUGUAACUUGACAGUAUGUGAUUGUUAAAAAUGUUUAUUGUGCUGCUGCAAAUAAAACUAUCAGUUUAUAUGUCGUCAAUUAUCAA